AUGGAAGCCCUAACAGCCAUUGGCUUAAUCGCCAAUGUCAUUCAGUUUGUCGACCUUGGCGCAAAGCUUGUCGGCUCUGCGAAGGAAAUGCGCGACUCUGCCAGCGGCAUGACGUUGGAGAACAAGAGCCUAGAGGAAGUCACCAUUGAGAUGCGCGAUCUAAGUUCGAGCCUGGACCCUCCCACCACGAACGCGGAAAGCUACGAUGAGCGAGUCCUCCGUCAGUUAGCUCAGGAGUGCCGUGAGCUGUCAGACCAGAUCCUCCGCCUUCUGAAGAAGAUUGCUCCAACUAAGCCAGGCUCGAGGCGUCAAAUCGUAGGCUCAUUGAUAAAGAAUCAGAAGUACAGAAAAGAGAAGAAAGAACUCGGAGAGAAGCUAGCAGACUGCCGCAAACGGCUGCAUCUGCAAUUCGACAAGUUUACCAGUUCGAAAGUACAUGCGCAGCUCCAGGCCCUCGGAAAUCAUGCGCAAUCAAACCAAGCAAUCUUGCAAACGUUACCGCAACAGAUCGAGCGUAUUCGCCGAGGCACAUGUGUUGCUUCCUUGGGUGUUGAAGCCCUAGAUCAGUUGAAAGACCUACUUGGAUUGACGGAAGUAGCUCAAGAAUCGGUCGUAGCUCGGAGUUUCCUCAAUGAUCUUGCGUUUGAAGGAAUGGAGGCCAGAGCUGAUGUCAUUGCGAAAGAGCACAGCGAGACCUUUCGAUGGAUUGUGGAGCAAGAUGCAGAUGUCGACGAUGUCACAUUGCAAACUAACGCUCGCGAACAAUACCUUUCAUGGCUACAUCAUGCUUGUGGAAUCUUCCAUAUCGCGGGAAAGCUGGGGUCUGGCAAAUCCACACUCAUGAAAUUCCUGUACAAGCAUCCGGAAACACGUAAACAGCUGUUGGCGUGGGCAGAUAACAAAACGCUGGUGAUGGCAAGCCACUUCUUCUGGAAACCCGCGAAGCUGAAUUUACAAAAGUCACUCACCGGAUUGGAGAGAUCGUCACUUUAUCAACUGCUGUCAUCCCACCAGGAGUUGACGAAGAAGGCAUUUCCAGGUAUUUGGGAACAUAGGAUGAGCAUCAAAGACGGUCGGAUGGAGCUACCACACAGUCUCUCCUCGGAUGAAAUUCGCGAUGGCUUCAUGGCCCUCCUAAGAGAUGAGACCGUCCAGCAAUCAUAUCGAUUCUGUUUCUUCAUCGACGCUUUGGACGAGUACGAGGACAUACCCCAAUAUGAUCAGAAACACAUGGUCGACACACUCCGCAAGUGGACACAGAUCUCUCCAAACUCCAUCAAGCUAUGUGUAUCCAGCCGGGAAGAGAAUGUAUUUGAGAACGCUUUUGCUGGAGAUCCAAGGAUACGAUUGCAAGAUCUCACCAGGCACGACAUGGAGUGUUUCGUACGUUCUAGGCUCGAAUCUGUGCAAGACCACAACACCCGAGAACGUCUCACAAGUGAGAUUGUCAAGAAAUCAGAUGGCAUCUUCUUCUGGGUUGUACUCGUCACCAAACAGCUCCGACAAGCGUUGGAGGACGGUGAUGCUGCCUCUGUUUUUGAGAGGGAGUUGGCCACACUGCCUACUGAGUUGAAGAAGCUGUUCAAUCAUCUUCUUAACUCCAUCUCCCCAUUCUGCAUGGAAAGAGCGCGUCGAAUCUUUUCUAUGGUGCUGAAACACGAGACAUUGCCGAUCAAACUAUCGCUGCUUUCUUGUCUACACCUCGAUGAAAAUGAAAUGAACGCACAAUCAUCCAUGGAGGAGCCUGAUACGUUGCCUGUCCUGGACUACCAAGACGGACAAGACCCACACAAAUGGUACAAAGCGCAUGAAAAACAAGCUCGGAGACAACUACACAAGUAUUGUAGAGGACUGGUCGAGGAUCGAGUCAACCCUGAAGUCUGCAAGCAAGAAGGGGGGUCUGCGGACCCCAUACCUGAGCCCGACCCUUCUAAACCCGCUGGGUCGAGAUGCAUCCUGUUCGUACAUCGCACUGUCAUCGAGUUUCUUGAAGAAUCAGCAAUUCUGAAGCACGAAUUGGGCGAGUUCGAUGCGAUUGAUGCAAUCUCCCAGUCGCAUUUGGCAGAAUUCCAACGCAUACCUUCUUCUCUUAUCAACCCGCUGUACUGGACAUACCUAUACAGUAAAAUCAUCGAGCUACGGUUUCAUUCUGGAAAAGAUAGGUUGCAGUUCGACUUCAUUGUGCAGCUGGAGCAUUUGAUCUCACGAAAAUUUCCGGGUUGGCUGGAGAACGAGCUACCUCCCGCCGAGCAAUGCGUUCAGACUGCACACAAUCACUGUGUUGUGUGCAUUAGAGAAACAGACGUUAAAGACUCGAAAGGCCGUAUGCGUCCUAUCCGACCCAAAGCUCCAGCUUCUAUCUUGGCCUGGCAUGGUAACACUUCAUAUAUACUUUGGCGGAUUACAAGGCAUGACGAACCACCGCUAUCUGAUCAGACACGCGGCAUCGUCCUACACUGUUUGAUGCGUAGGUUGGACAUGACCGAGAAAGCUGAAGAGCUUGAGGGAAUCGUGGCCUGCUUUGGAAAACUCUUGAACGAACGCGAAUCUCCUGUUACACGCUUCUUGUGGGCCAAUUUUGUCCAACUUUGUUCUACAUCCCUACGCCACAAUGAUUCCUUAUGGUCUCGUACUAUAGGUCAGCUCAUCGUCCUUUUUUUGGAAAAGUACGAGAGGAACGUUGUCCACAGAACGGAAAUUCGUUUUGGGGGACGGGGGGAGGCCGGAGGUUGGGACUAUACAAUUAUGAAUGUGAAAGUACAAGGCAAGACGGUAGCGAGUAUGAGUUUCAUGCAGUUUGAACCUGGAACGACUUGCUAUACUCUUGACAACCAAUUCGGCGGCAACGCCUCAAUAGAGCAGCUGGUGAAGUUAUGGCAUCUCGAGAACGAGCGAGAAAUUCUUGGAUUGCUAGAACAGGAGCGUGAGGCAAUGGAAAGGAAAGAACAAGCCGUGGACCUGGUCGCCACGGCCCAGGAAGCCUCUGAGGAAAGCUCAUCCGACGGCACCCCAGCUUCCGAUACAGUGUCUAGGCGGCUUCAAAGGAUCGACAGUGCCGCCGAAAUUCGAGAUGAAGGCGGCGUAACAGCGUCUUGUCUGCCCGUCGAAACCAAAGCAGACGUCGAUCCACCCCAACUCAAGGCCGCCAAAACCCGCUCUAUUCGUGCAUCGGGUAUCGCGACAACCAUCGCCCUUCUAGGUGAGAAGAUUCCAUUGAGAAACUGA